GCCCUAUGGAGGACAGGAGCGACUGAGAAUAUCUCCUGAACAACAUGCCCGACAGGAACACGUCCGUGGAGAACAAGCUGUGAUGGAAAAUCGACUGAAAGGGGACCAGACCAUGUCUCACUGGCUUCCUACUAAAGGCCAGCGAUACGGGGUGGCCAUCUACAACUAUGACGCUGCGCAGGGACCCCCUGAACUGUCGCUCCAAGUGGGGGACACUGUCCGCAUCCUCGAAACCCACGAAGGCUGGUACAGAGGCUACAGUCUUCGCAAUAAAUCCAAGAAGGGCAUUUUCCCCGCCACCUACAUUCACUUGAAAGAGACGAAGGUGGAAGGAGCAAGGCGGCAGGAGGGGACGGUCAUCGCUGGAGAGAUGCCCUUGGUCCAGGAGCUCACUACCACCCUGCGGGAGUGGGGGGUCAUCUGGCACCAGCUGUACCUGAGCGGUAACAAGGCCAUGUUCUACCACGUGCGGGACAUGACGUACAGUCUGAUCGAGGGCCGCUCCCAGAUCCUGUCGGGAACGCUGCCGAAGGAUGAGCUGACGGAGCUGAAGGGCAAGGUCAUUGCCAAGAUCGACUACGGGAACAGGAUCCUGGGGCUGGACCUGGUCAUUCGGGACGAAAACGGAAACGUACAGGAUCCAGACCUGACCAGCACCGUCUCGCUGUUCAAAGCCCACGAGGCCGUCUCGCGGGGUAUCAACGAGAGGAUUCAGGAAGAAAAGUCCAGGAUCCACAGUAUGGAGGUGUGCCGCCAGUCCCUUUUCAACAGCUGCCAUACCUACAGCCUGUACGUCAACCUGAACAACUUCGUCUGCAACAUCGGUGAGGACGCUGAGCUGCUCAUGUCCCUGUACGACCCAGUUCAGUCGGAAUUCAUCAGCGAGAACUUCCUGGUGCGCUGGACCAGACCGGGGACGCCCAAGGAGAUAGAACGGCCGAACAAACAGGGAGUGCUCUUCACGGAUGUGAGCAGCAGUGACUUGAUCCGACUGAAGAUCAGUCUGGUCUGUCAGAUUGUCCGGGUGGGACACAUGGAGCUGAAGGAAGGCAAGAAGCACACCUGUGGUCUCCGGCGGCCAUUUGGGGUAGCAGUCAUGGACAUCACGGACUUAAUCGGAGGUCGAAACGACGAUGAGGAGAAGCAGCACUUUAUUCCAGUCCAGCCGAUCGCCAUGGAGACGUACGUCCGGCAGCGCCAACUCAUCAUGUCGCCCCUGCUGACGUCCCGCGUCAUUGGCGAGAACGAAGCACUCACCUCUGUCUUCAACAAGGUCAUCGCUGCCAAGGAAGUCAACCACAAGGGUCAAGGACUGUGGGUCUCGAUGAAGCUCCUCCCGGGGGACAUCCAGCAGGUCGAGAAGAACUUCCCGCACCUUGUGGACAGGUCCAUCGCUGUCGCUCGGAAGAUGGGGUUCCCGGAGAUCAUCCUGCCUGGUGAUGUCCGAAAUGACAUCUACGUCACCCUGGUCCAGGGAGAGUUUGACAAGGGCAAGAAGAAAACGCCAAAGAACGUGGAAGUGACGAUGGGGGUCUAUGACGAGGAUGGCAGUCUAAUGGAGAAAGCCAUCUUCCCAGGAUCUGGUGAUCAGGGAAUCUCGGAGUACAAGUCCGUGGUCUAUUACCAAGUGAAGCAACCCUUCUGGUAUGAGACGGUUAAGGUGGCGAUCGCAAUCGAGGCUGUCCGUCAUUGUCACCUGCGGUUCACCUUCCGGCACAGAUCCUCACAGGAAUCCAAGGACAAGUCGGAAAAGCUGUUCGGGAUGGCCUUUGUGAAGCUGAUGAGGCCGGAUGGCACCACGCUCCGCGAUGGAAAACACGACCUGAUCAUCUACAAGGGCGACGCGAGGAAGAUGGAAGAUCCCAAGUGUUACCUGAUGCAGCCGGCGACCAGAGAGGAGCAGGAGGCGAGGGAGAGUCAGGUCGGCAAAGGGGUGCAUCACUCCGCCCCCGUGUCGGCCAUUAAGGACAGCUUCCAGAUCGCGAUACUGGUGUGCUCCACCAAACUCACGCAGAACGUCGACCUGCUGGGCCUGUUAAACUGGCGAUCGAGUCCGCACAGUGUGGAGGGCAGCCUCAAACGGCUCAUGGAGGUGGAUGGCGGCGAGAUUGUGAAGUUUUUGCAGGACACCCUCGACGCCCUCUUCCAAAUUAUGAUGGAGGUUUCCGGCGGGGACACAUACGACUUUCUGGUCUUCGAUGCUCUGGUCUUCAUCAUCUCUCUGAUCGGAGAUAUUAAGUUCCAGCAUUUUAAUCCAGUCCUGGAAGCUUACAUCACCAACCAUUUCAGUGCGACCCUGGCCUAUGUGAAGCUGGCAAAAGUGCUCAACUAUUAUGUGGCACAAGCCGAAAACCCAACGCAGACCGAUCACCUUUUCGCGGCUUUGAAGGUGCUGAAGUACAUUUUCCGGUUCAUAAUCCAGUCCCGGGAACUCUACUUGAGGAUUUACGGCAACGGGGAUCAACACGACGAGUUCAACAAUUCCAUCCGGACCUUGUUCCUCUCCUUCAACUUACUGAUGGACAGGCGGCUGGAGGAGUCACUCAAGAUUAAGGGUGCUGCAUUGAAAUACCUCCCGACCAUUGUCAACGACGUGAUGCUGGUGUUCGACCCCGUCGAGCUCAGCGUCCUGUUCGCCAAGUUCAUUGAGAGUGUCCCGGAGAACCAGCUGGUCCGGCAGAAACUCAGCUGUAUGUGUAAGGUGGUGGACAGUGACCUCUUCAAAGGGUCAGAUUGCCGUGAUGUCCUGCUCCCUCUGAUCACCGACCAGCUCAGCGGGCAGCUGGACGAUAGCACAGCAAGGCCAGACUAUGAAGCAUGUGCUAACCUCCUGAGCAGUGUGCUCCAGGUCCUCGACAGAGACGACAUUGGUCCCCGUCAUACCCACAUCCAGCUGGUGAUGGAGAGGUUGCUGCGAAGGAUUAACCGGGCAGUGAUUGGCAUGACCCGCCAGUCCAGCCAGAUCGGCUCGUUUGUCGCCUGCAUGAUCGCCAUUUUGAACCAGAUGUACGACCACCAUUACGCGCGCUACAUCAACACCUUCAAGACCCGCCACGACAUCAUCGACUUCCUGAUGGAGACGUUUAUCAUGUUUAAGGACCUGAUCGGGAAGACAGUGUAUCCCUCGGAUUGGAUGGUGAUGAACAUGGUGCAGAACAGGGUCUUCCUCCGCGCCAUCGAUCAGUUUUCGAGAGUGCUCACCCGUCUCUUCCUCGACCUGGCCAACUUCGAGUUGCAGCUCUGGAACAACUAUUUCCACCUGGGAGUGGCGUUCCUGGUCCAGGACUCGCUGCAGCUGGAGACGUUCUCUGUGGAAAAACGCCAGAAGAUCGUUGACAAGUAUGGUGACAUGAGGAAAGCGAUGGGAUUCCAAAUCCGGGAUAUGUGGUACAAUCUCGGUCCUCACAAGAUCAAGUUUAUCCCGGGGAUGGUGGGACCGAUCCUGGAGAUGACUCUGGUUCCUGAGCCUGAGCUGCGGCGGUCUACCAUCCCCAUCUUCUUUGACAUGAUGCAGUGCGAAUACAGCAUGAACUACUCAUUCCACGCGUUUGAGAACGAACUCAUCACGAAACUCGACCAGGAGGUGGAGGGAGGACGGGGCGAUCAGAACUACAAGAUCAUUUUGGAGAGAAUCUUGCUGGAGUAUUGCAGGCAACACCGGUACCUCACCGCCUCCGGCGAAUCCUUCGUGCUGUUGGUCAGCAGCCUGCUGGAGAACCUUCUAGACUAUCGGACCAUCAUGCACGACGAGAGCAAGGAGAACCAGAUGUGUUGUACCGUCAAUGUCUUGACCUUCUAUAAGGAGAAGAAACGGGAAGAUAUUUACAUCAGGUACCUCUACAAACUGCGGGACCUCCAUCGGGACUGUGAGAACUACACCGAGGCUGCCUACACCCUCUUGCUGCACGCUGAGCUGCUGCAGUGGUCAGACCAGCUGUGUGCCGCCCAUCUCAUCCACCGUGAGGACUGCCGUGCGCUGACCAACCGGGAGCUGAAGGAGAGACUCUACCAGGAGAUCAUCGGUUACUAUGACAAAGGCAAGAUGUGGGAGAACGCCAUCCAACUCUGUAAAGAGUUGGCCACCAUGUACGAAGAGGAGGUCUUUGACUACGAGGAGCUGAGCCGCCUGCUGAUGCAGCAGGCCACCUUCUACGAGAACAUCAUGAAGGCCAUGAGGCCCCUCCCAGAGUAUUUUGCAGUCGGAUACUACGGGCAAGGCUUCCCGUCCUUCCUGAGGAAUAAGAUGUUUAUUUACCGUGGGAAGGAUUAUGAACGCUAUGAGGAUUUUCACCUGAAGCUGACCACCCAAUUUCCCAACGCGGAGAAAAUGACCAGCACGACUCCGCCCAGCGAUCAGCUGAAGCUCUCCCCGGGCCAGUAUAUUCAGUGUUUCGCUGUGAAACCCAUGCUUAACCUCCCAACCCAGUACCAAGACAAGCCCGUCCCCGAACAGAUACUGAACUUCUACCGAGCCAAUGAGGUUCAGCAGUUCCAGUACUCCAGGCCAUUCAGGAAAGGAGAAAAGGAUCCCGGCAAUGAAUUUGCGACAAUGUGGAUCGAGCGGGUGACGUACACAACUAUGUACAAGUUCCCAGGCAUCCUCCAGUGGUUUGAGGUCAAGGCUACUACGACGGAGGAGGUCAGCCCUCUGGAGAAUGCCAUCGAGACCAUGGAGCGCAUGAACGAGAAGAUCAGCAACAUGGUGCAGCAGUACGCCUGGGACCGAUCGCUCCCGGCACACCCCCUCUCCAUGCUCCUGUCCGGAAUAGUCGACGCCGGAGUCAUGGGUGGCUUGGCCAAUUACGAGAAGGCGUUCUUCCACCCCACGUACCUACAAGAGCACCCCGAAGACCAAGACAAGAUAGAGACGUUGAAACAGCUGAUUGCUUUGCAGAUCCCGUUGUUGACGGAGGGGAUCCGGAUCCACGGCGAGAAAUCCACAGAGGAGCUGAGGCCGCUGCACAACCGCAUCGCUGCCUGUUUCAAGGAGCUGAAGGAGAAGGUGGAGAAACUGUACGGGGUCAUCACGCUGGCUCCCUCUCUCAUCGACAGGAAGAGAAGCCGAUCGGGAUCCAUGGUCCUGCCGUACAUCAUGUCGUCGACGCUGUGGCGCCUCUCCACCGUCUCCGUUGCCUCCUCAGCGGCGUCGAGCUCCUCCUCCUCCUCCGACGGCCCCUCCUCCCGGCCCGCCUCCGACGGCUCUGUUUUGGACCCACUGUUGGAACACAAGGUGGAGGGAACCUUGGGCAGAGACGAUCACGAGCACAAAGUGAACAAGUCCAGGAGGAAGGAGCUGAGCCUCAGUAAAUCGCAGGUCAUCUUUGAGAAACAGGCGAGGAUUGACCUCUCCCCCGAUAAAGCAGAAACCAUGGCGCGACAAAGGCAGCUGCGCCCGAAAAGUCUUCCGUUUGGUGAAUUGCAACAGUCUUCGAUGCAAGUCUACACCUCGCACUCAGUGUCCUCUCCGGUCAUGGCGGCAGACACCGUACGCAGUCUGAGUUCCCCCGGGCUGCGGAGCGACCCGGAGACGACGCUGGAUUCCUGCGGCAGUCCCCCGCAACCUCCGCCAAAGAGCAGGCACUCGAGGGACUCGACAGAGAAUGGCCCGCACGUUGCAGAGAAAUGGAGUUCCCGCCCACCGACCCCCCCACCCAAACUGAGGCGGUCCCAGCCCCUCUUCCAGCUGCCCAGCCCAGGGGCGAGUGACUGAGCGCAAAGGGAAUGGUGUCAGUAACAUAGCCCCCCUCCCUAUGGCCUGCACUCCAUCUGUGAGUGUGUGCGUGUCUCUGUGUCAGACAGUGAGAGUGUGUGUGUGUGUGUGUGUGUUAGAGAGUGAGUCUGUGUGUGUUAGUCUGUGUGUGUGUGUGUUCGAGAGUGACUCUGUGUGUUAGUCUGUGUGUGUGUUAGAGAGUGAAUCUGUGUGUGUUUGUCUGUGUGUGUUAGAGAGUGACUCUGUGUGUGUUAGUCUGUGUGUGUGUUAGAGAGUGAAUCUGUGUGUGUUAGUCUGUCUGUGUGUGUUAGAGAGUGACUCUGUGUGUGUUAGUCUGUGUGUGUGUUAGAGAGUGAAUCUGUGUGUGUUUGUCUGUGUGUGUUAGAGAGUGACUCUGUGUGUUAGUCUGUGUGUGUGUGUUAGAGAGUGAGUCUGUGUGUGUUUGUCUGUGUGUGUUAGAGAGUGACUCUGUGUGUGUUAGUCUGUGUGUGUGUGUUAGAGAGUGAGUCUGUGUGUGUUAGUCUGUGUGUCUGUUAGAGUGAGUCUGUGUGUGUUAGUCUGUGUGUGUUAGAGAGUGACUCUGUGUGUUAGUCUGUGUGUGUGUUAGAGAGUGAAUCUGUGUGUGUUUGUCUCUGUGUGUUAGAGCGUGUAUGUGUGUGUUAGAGAGUGAGUCUGUGUGUGUUAGAGAGUGAGUCUGUGUGUGUGUGUUAGAGAGUGUGUGUGUGUGUUAGUCUGUGUGUUAGAGAGUGAGUCUGUGUGUGUGUGUGUGUGUGUGUGUUAGGAGUGAGCCUGUGUGUGUUAGUCUGUGUGUGUGUGUGUUAGAGAGUGAGCCUGUGUGUGUGUUAGAGAGUGAGUGUGUGUUAGUCUGUGUGUGUGUUAGAGAGUGAGUGUGUGUGUUAGAGAGUGAAUGUGUGUCUGUGUGUUAGAGAGUGAAUGUGUGUGCCUGUGUGAGUCAGAGUGAAUGUGUGUUAGAGAGUGAGUGUGUAUGUCUAUGUGUUAGAGAAUGUGUGUGUGUGUCAGAGAGUGUGUGUUGGUUAGUCAGUGUGUGUGUGUGAGUCUGUGUGUGUAUCUGUGUCUGUGUGUGAGAGUGUUUGUUCCGACAGUUGGCCCUGUGGGUGAGGGGGCAGAGGAUAUGAAAGGUGGGGAAUAGACAGAAGGAGAAGAUUAUGGAAAGGUGUAAUCCGCGUCCCACCAAGCAACCAACCUCCGCGAUAUCGGCACACACGGCUCGGUUACCUCUCCGGAAUAACUCGCAAAGCAGAGUCAUGGAAUUUGACAGUGUGGAUGGUCAUUAACCCAAUGGUGUCCUGACGGAGCUACCCACUCUCCAGCCCUCUCACAGUCCAUCCCUUUCCAAUGUCGAAGUAUCCUCAAACAUCCACCACUCUCCCAGGCAACACUUUUCAAAUCCCAACAACUCUCUGAGUCAAAAUAAGAACAUUUUCCCCCCACUCUCUGUCAAAAGCAAAAGCGAAAGAGAAAUGGGCUUGUUAAUUUAAGGUUCUAAAUCUAUAAAGAUAUAGCAGCAUGGUCACUUUAAUAAUGAUGCCACCAGCCCUAUUGGAAUAAGCUGCCCAUCCCCCCUCUUCUCCUCCAGAGGGCAAUCAGGGCAUUAAAUGUCCCAGCAGCCUCAGGCCAGGCCACUGCAGUUGGGCCCCUCCCCUGUUACCAAGGUGACGCUCAAACAAUCAACGCAGCUUCCAUUGGUUGAAUGCUUAGCCAAUCCCAAAUCGAGCCCUGGGGGGGGGCAGGCCGGGAGCGAUCUAUGUGGAAGACGAUUGGUUGGCUUCAGUCAGGCCCAACGUGCUGCCAUUUUCUGGAGUGGCCACCAUUUCGUGCGGUUGGCCUCCACCAGAACGCUUUCCCGCCGACGAAACAAAACAGACAGCGAGUAAAAAUCGCCCGGGACAAAGUCACGCUCGGGCGUGCGAGUUGAAAGUUCAACCCAACGCGGGACAAAUUAUUCCCUGGUUGGCUGCAAACUUUGCACGGAAUCGAAAUCGAACGGAUGGUGAGCAUCUGCGCAGAAGCUCAAAAUCAAAAUGGACCCUAUCGCGUACAUUUUACAGCAACAGGCAGAGGAAUUUGGCCUCUGGUGCUACCUCUUUGAAUGAGCAUCGUCAUCUUGCGCCAAGUCUUCAUCUUUUCCCAUCAUCCCUUGCACUCCCAGGCAAUCCUCCAUGUCCUCUUGAAUGCCUGAAACUUGAAAGUUUAACCUUGAACUAUAAUCUUGUCGGUAAAUGUCCCUUUAAGAAUCUGCCUCCUGAUUCCUGUGGUGGAGUUGCCUUCUCUCGACGCAACCGGUGGUCCUUUCGACCCGUGCUCAUCGUUACGCGCGCGAAUUAUAAGGGAGCAUAACUGUUUCUGCUCCAGGGCAGAAAGUUGACUGCUAAUUCUUCAACAAGUCAACCGUGAUUGGCCAGGGAGAAAGCUCAGCAAAUUCCGAAAAAGCACGUGUUCCUCUCGUUUCCAUGGACACGUAAAUGGCCGCCGCUUCCGUCGGGCGCCAGUUGGCCAUGCGGCAAGAUUGUCUGCACCGCUGUUGCCGCACUCGGGGAAGCUGUUCAGCAAACGUGUGAUUUCCCCUCCACCCCACUACUUCUGUCCCUCAGCGUGAACUGUCACGGUGGCUUGAACCUCGCGUGUUCCUAACUAGCGCACACUUUGGCAACAGGCGGCCAUUUUGUGGCAAGACUCAACUAGGCCAUCAGCAGCUCAUCGCUGGACGAUCUCGCUAAGGUUGGAUACGCACGGGAGGGAAACGUGAGAGGGCUCCCCCGUGACCCCCCCAACUGGUUAUGGCACGGACAGGUUGAGAUAUUUUUUGUGAAUGUACCUUAUUUGCUGCUACAAUCCUCAACUGGAAGGGGGCUAUUUGGCCAGGCCGCCAUUGCGAGAUGGAACCUUGCUGAGCUGUUUCCCACCUCCCACCACCCCCUCCCCAACCCAACCUAACUAAGGUUGCGUCCCCAGAGACGGUGUCCCGUGCUCCCUCACGUAGAACGCAGUUCCAUUUCGGGAAGUAGAUCAGUUCUGCUCCGACGUCGACCCUGGUGUCAAAGGCCUGGUCACACACGGAGACGCGAGCGGACCACGUGUCUCGAACAGUCACGUCGUCUCCCUGUGGCCCUCCCCACCCCGCACCGCAUCCCAAGAAAAAAAACUGCAAGAAGAUGGGUCGUAGCAAGGUCAAGUGUGAUUUUGCAGCGCAGCUCGUGGGCUGAGAGAGAAAAGAGGCAGUGCUUUCUCCAGGCCCGGAAAUGUAUCCGGAAAAUCGUGUCCCUGUCAGACACACCCACUAACCUCGCUCUAAAUCUAAAACCGAACGCUCUUUAUAACCCCCAAGGCCAUUUCAGUGUAGGCUACCUCCCUCUCUACUCACACAAGGCCUGGAGCCUGCCAACUAGGCCGUCUGUGGACAGCCUUCCUGACACAGUAAAGCACUCCAACAUUAGCUACUUGAUCUUUUAAAAAAUUUUGUUAGGUUUUAACAAAAUUAAGGUGUAAAGUUUGUAAAUAUACUGAUUUUUUUUAAAAAGAAAGAAACAUUAUUGAAGCAGGUGUCCCAGGUACUGAAGCCAACCAUAUAAAAUAAGAUAUGUACAGUG